AUGGCCCAAGCGCUUUUCUUCCCUAAGCUUAAGAAGCUCGGGCUUGAAAAGAUCACCAUAUCUGAAUCCACACUGCACGCCAUGAUUGAUGGCUGCCCCGCUCUGGAAUGCUUGCUGAUUUACCGCUGCUCUGGCUUCCGUUGUGUCCGAAUCAACUCCAUCAGCCUUAGAGGCAUAGGUGUGGAAGCUUAUUGGGGAGAGCUCAUCAUAUUAGAGGAAGUCAUCAUCGAGAAUGCCCCUUGUCUUGAAAGGUUGCUCCUAUUUGGCUCAGCUGAAUCCCGGCAUAUAUCGGUAAUCUCCGCGCCUAAAUUGGAGACCCUAGGCUGCCUAUCUUCCUAUUCUAGUAACACAUUCACGCUUUACUCGACAGUUAUUCAGGGAUUGCGUGUUGAUAGCCUGACGAAGACGGUGUGCACUGUCAAGGUUUUAUCUGUUUGUAUGGGUGCUCUUAGUCUGGAUGUUGUUAUUGACUUGAUGAGAUGCUUUCCUUGUUUGGAAAGGUUGUACAUUGAGUCAAUUAAGCCAGGGAAAAAGAAUUUGUGGCGCCGUAAACACCAGAAUCUAAUAAGAUCUCUUGACAUCCGUCUGAAGACAAUUGACUGGCGAUAUUAUGUGGGCACCAAGUCAGAUGUUGACUUUGCCACAUUCUUUUUACUAAACGCGAGAGUGCUAGAGUUAAUGACUCUUCAGGUUUAUCAUAGUAAUUUCAAAGAGGAGUUUUUUACACGGAAACGUGAGAAGCUUCAACUGGAUAAGAAGGCCUCAGGAGGUGCUCGGCUUCAUUUUACAACGGAUCAUUUUCAUGGCAGUUUUACGGAUUUCUGUGUCCGUGAUUUGGAUCUAGCUGAUCCCUUUGAAAGGAAUUAUCCGUACCAAUUUCAUGCUUUCUCCUAA